AGACAAAAAAAAAUAUUAAUAAAGUGAAAAAAAAAUCUAUGAAUUGAAAAAAUGGCAAUUCCAUUCUAUCCAGACGAAGACGAGUCGAGUGAAGCUCAACCGGCACCACCAGCUUCAUCAUUGCCACAACAUAAUCAUAAUAAUUUUAAUUAUUCACAUUUGCCACAAGUUCCGCAAAUUGAUAAUGAAGCGUUGGUGCAGGCAUUUUAUGAAGCCCUUUGCCGAUGCUUACAAGCACAAUCACCAACGACCCCAAUGUCUCCGAUGAAUCCGUUUUGUCGCGAAUGGCAUCCGUCUCCUCACCACAGCAACGCCUCAUCGACUUUCUCAUCUGUUGCAUCAUCUCCACGUAACAGUUUUCGAGAGAGGCAUGGCUAUAAUUCAUUUGAGAAUCAACCCGACGACAAUGCUGAUGAAAAUGUGUCGAUUGAGUAUGAAGAGUAUCUGCGAUAUCUUGAGACGGGAUUUUAUGCGAGUCACACUGAAGCACAACAGAAACCAAAAAGUAGAAAGAAACCAAAAGGAAGACUUACUAAUUUUGUAAUAAGUGCGUUAGAGUUUGUAAUUGAUACUUUAAAAUAAUUUUAUGAUUUUGACUAUUAUUUUGUAAAUAGAUAAGAUACUUGAGAUGAUGGAUUUAUGGCUUUUUAUGGAGAAGUUUCUUUGAUUUCAAAAAGAAUUAAAUUUAAAUUGAUAAAUUAAAAGUGAUCCGAAUUCAGUAUUAUCAGCAUAUUUGAGUUGAAUUCAGCAAUUCGGCGUUUUUAUCUGCAUCCAGUAAUUCAGCUAAUUUAAUCUGAGUUCAUCAAAUCAGCUCAAAUGAGCUAUUGCACUUAUAAACUGAAUUUAGUUAUUCAACACAAAUCACCUGAAUUCAGCACAAAUCGCCUGAAUUCAGCACAAAACAAUCACAAAAGAAUCCAACAAUUUAACAUUUUUAUAUCUGAAUUCAGCACUUCAACGUUUUUAUAUCUGAAUUCAGCACUUCA